AUGGCUACACAACCAAGACCUAGAUUACUUCUACUGUUCAAAAUUUUGAUUUUUUCGAUGAUUUCUUUUUUUUUCUAUUGGAUAUUUCUAUCAAAUGAUGAAAGAAGAGAAGUUUUGGAUGCAGAGACUUCAAAAGAAAAUCUUUUCAUCGGUUGUCCACCGUUCAACUUUACAUGGGAUUCUCCUGCAGUUAUGCAAGCGCUAGGCAAUCGAACAAAUGCAAAAUAUCAAUGUAAACGAGAAAACGGAUUGACUUUGUCUGAAAACGGGAAAAUUCGGCUGAAUACAGAGUGGCCCAAUUACGAAAAUCACACCUGUGAAGCCAGUUGUGCCAUCCCGAAACAUCCGUACAACUAUACUCUUGGCCCGAAAUGCAUUGUUGGAAAGAAUUGUGAUAAAUUCAAUUGUGAUUUUAUUUUGGUGAACUGCUGGAGGAAUGGGGAACAUAUUCACAUCGAUGUGCAUAUUCAAAUCGUGGAGAAUAGUCGAGACCGCGAAAAGCAAUUCGAGAAUUUAUACAAAGCUUCGCCAUCAAAAGAACAAGCUCACCGAAGUGAUCUUUACCGUCCCGAUGUUGUCAUCUUCGUCAUUGAUUCUGUUGGCCGUUUUGUGGCAAAAAGGGAAUUGCAAGAAACCUACAAAUUCAUGACGGAUGAGCUGAAAGCUGUCGACUUCACUCAAUACACUCAAAGCGCUUUUGACAGUCGGAAAAAUGCGUUGGCAAUUUUUUGGGGCGAAAUCGGCGCAACAAUUGAUCGAACUGAAUAUGGUGGAACGAUUUUAAAAGAAAACAGUGGAUGCCGGAUUUACUACGAUGAUCGACCGAAUGUGCAGUUUGAGUACGAGACAGUGAACAACUUCUCAUCACUAAACACAAUGAAACGAUGUUGCUGGUUCGGGAGCCGU